UGGAGGUGAAUGAGCUUGAAAUCUUCCUCUGCCUUCCGCUCGGAGCGCAGUUUCCACCAGAGCUCCUCGCCCACCCCCGCCCGGGAUCAGCACAUGGAGAAAGCCCGCGGGCUGUUCGGCGACGACUUCGGGAACUUCCUGAGGCCGCGCAACGAGCCCCUGGUGUUCCCAGCCCGGCCAGGCAACAUGGGGAACAUUAAGACCCUGGGGGACACCUACCAGUUUGCCGUGGACGUCAGCGACUUCUCCCCCGAGGACAUCAUUGUCACCACCUCCAACAACCAGAUCGAGGUCCACGCCGAGAAGCUAGCCGCGGACGGGACCGUCAUGAACACCUUCACCCACAAGUGCCAGCUGCCUGAAGACGUGAACCCCACUUCCGUCACCUCUGCCCUGGGCGUGGAUGGCACCCUCACCGUCAAAGCCAGGCGGCACCCAGCCAAACACACAGAGCACGUCCAGCAGACCUUCCGGACUGAAAUCAAAAUCUGAGUGGCUGGCGCCGGGGGGCGGGGCGGGGUGUGGGGA